CCCGGAGCCGCGAAAUGUCAAGCGCAGCUGCUGCUGUCGCAAUGGUGGCGACGCCGAGACAUUGAAUGACUUUGGCUCCAUCACAAACAAAUAGCCGGCGAAUUCGUUUUACUGUCGCGACGCCAAAGACAUGGAGGCGCUUAUUCCCGUCAUUAACAAGCUCCAGGAUGUGUUCAACACCGUGGGCGCGGAUAUUAUCCAACUGCCUCAAAUAGCUGUGGUGGGCACCCAGAGCAGCGGCAAGAGUUCCGUUCUGGAGAGCCUGGUGGGCCGUGACCUGCUACCCCGCGGGACCGGCAUCGUCACCAGGCGGCCUCUCAUCCUCCAGUUGGUCCACGUCGAUCCGGGAGAUGCCCGCAAAAAUGACGACGUCGGCAGAGAAGGCGAGGAGUGGGGGAAGUUUCUGCACACCAAAAAUAAGAUCUACACUGAUUUUGAUGAAAUCAGGCAAGAAAUAGAAGCAGAAACGGAGCGUGUGUCGGGGAAUAAUAAGGGCAUCAGCGAUGAGCCGAUUCACCUGAAGAUAUAUUCCCCCCACGUUGUCAACCUCACCCUGGUGGACCUGCCCGGCAUCACCAAGGUGCCCGUGGGAGAUCAGCCCAAAGACAUCGAGAUCCAAAUACGAGAUCUCAUCCUGAAGCACAUCUCCAACCCUAACUGCAUCAUAUUAGCCGUCACCGCCGCCAACACCGACAUGGCGACGUCAGAGGCGCUCAAGGUGGCCCGGGAGGUGGACCCUGACGGCAGGAGGACGUUGGCCGUGGUGACCAAAUUGGACCUGAUGGACGCCGGAACCGAUGCCAUGGACGUGCUGAUGGGUCGAGUUAUUCCUGUCAAACUGGGACUCAUCGGUGUGGUCAACAGGAGCCAGCUGGACAUCAACAAUAAAAAGUCUGUGGCUGACGCAAUCCGUGAUGAACACGCUUUCCUGCAGAAGAAGUAUCCCUCUCUUGCUAAUAGGAACGGGACCAAAUACCUGGCCAGGACCCUUAAUAGACUACUGAUGCAUCACAUCCGCGACUGUCUGCCGGAACUGAAGACGCGGAUCAACGUGCUGGCCGCCCAGUACCAGUCGCUGCUCGGCAGCUACGGCGAGCCCGUGGAGGACCAAAGUGCCACCUUGCUCCAGCUCAUCACCAAGUUUGCCACCGAGUACUGCAACACCAUUGAGGGCACGGCCAAGUACAUCGAGACGGCGGAGCUGUGAGUGUCAGUGGAGUGUGGGGAUCCCUUGGGAGGCCUCAGCACCAUCGAUAUCCUAACAGCCAUAAGAAACGCAACCGGCCCGCGCCCCUCUCUGUUCGUGCCCGAGGUCUCCUUCGAGCUGCUGGUAAAGAAGCAGGUCAAACGCCUGGAGGAGCCCAGCUUGCGCUGUGUGGAGCUGGUCCACGAAGAGAUGCAGAGGAUCAUCCAGCACUGCAGCAAUUACAGCACGCAGGAGCUGCAGAGAUUUCCAAAACUCCACGAGGCCAUCGUGGAAGUCGUCACUUCCCUCUUGAGAAAGAGGCUGCCCAUCACUAACGAGAUGGUCCACAACUUGGUUGCCAUCGAGCUGGCUUACAUCAACACAAAGCAUCCGGACUUUGCAGACGCCUGCGGGGUCAUGAACAACAAUAUCGAGGAGCAAAGGAGAAACCGGAUGAGAGAACUGCCCACUGCGGUAUCGCGGGAUAAGUCUCUUGGCAAAGGCCCGGCCACGGUUUCUGGCGAGCCCCCCGCGUCCGGAGCAGACGCGGACGGCGCCAAGGCUCAAGCAGCGGGGCCGCAGGGCGAGCCGGACGGCACGGGCACCUGGAGGGGGAUGCUCAAGAAAGGAGAGGACGGCUCAGGCUCGGGUCCGGGAAGCCCUCUUAAAGGAGCCGUCAACCUGCUGGAUGUGCCGGUCCCGGUAGCCAGGAAGCUGUCAUCCCGUGAGCAGCGGGACUGCGAGGUCAUCGAGCGCCUCAUCAAGUCCUACUUCCUGAUUGUGCGCAAGAACAUCCAAGACAGCGUGCCCAAGGCGGUUAUGCACUUCCUGGUCAACCAUGUGAAGGACAGCCUCCAGAGCGAGCUGGUGGGUCAGCUCUACAAGUCAGGCCUCCUCAACGAUCUGCUGACAGAGUCGGAGGACAUGGCCCAGCGCCGCAAGGAGGCGGCCGACAUGCUGCAGGCAUUGCAGAAAGCCAGCCAGGUGAUAGCGGAGAUCAGAGAAACUCAUCUGUGGUGAACUGAAUGAUACCAGAAGAAUGCACUGAACCCUCCCUCAAAGUAGACGCCGUGACGGGCUCAAGUACCUUCGAAACACGUACGCUUGUAAAUACAGGACAUUGUUGUGAGCACGAAAGGCCUGUCAUGACCCAAUGUGAUGACUUUGUAACAUUUUAUUUAUUGUGGCUGGACAGAGUUGUCAAAAUGUGAUGUGUAUUUGCGUUUGCCGGUGCCAUGUACCACACGGCAACACGAAAAGACAAAGUGCUGCCUCCAACAGUGGAAA